AUGAUUUCCGAGAAUGAGAACGAAAUGAAAAUUCUUACUAAUCCUAAUUCCAGUAAUUCUAGUAACCUAAAUAGUAGUAGUAGCAAUUUUCACGCAAAGAUUAUUGCAUCAGAAGAUGUAGAAAUUUAUUCUUAUUCACAAAUGCCCAAAAUUGAAAAUCCUGAUAGGGUUUUAUUACUUUUUCCUUCCUCGGAAUCUCAAACUUUGCAAAAUAUUCCUCGUUCAUCAUUUGAUAAACUUUUAAUAGUUGAUGGUACUUGGCGUCAAGCAUCAAGUAUGGCAAAAAUUAAUCCGGAAUUAAAGAAUGUUCGAAGAGUUAUUAUCAAAUCACAAAAAACUUUAUUUUGGAGAUAUCAAAAUAGGGAUGAAAAUCAUCUUGCUACAAUAGAAGCUUUAUAUUACUUUUUGAAGGAAUAUUAUGAAACUUAUGAAAUCACUCCAGAAAUUAAAAGUAAUACAAAUAAUAUAAAUAAUAAUAUAGAUAAUAAUGCAAAUAAUAAUGUAAAUAAUAAUUCAAAUAAUAAUGCAAAUAAUAAUGCAAAUAAUACUGAGGAAAUUAAAGAAGAUUAUUUUUAUGAUGGAAGAUAUGACAAUCUAUUAUGGUAUUUUAAAUACUUUUAUGAAUUUAUUCAAGAAACAUAUAGAAAACAAAAAGGGAAGAAACAUUUUACUUCUAGGCAAAGAGCUGGAUACAUUAAAUAUGAAUAA